UGUAAUCUCCCCCCGCCGCUUUCUUGGCUUUGCACUGUUUUUUGAGUAAAACUUGCAUCCUCUUUUACAAGUGGCCAUUUGUUUCGGUCAUUUCACCCCAAUAGCUCCUCUCGCAAAACAAGAACAAACCCACUAGUUCCGAACAAGUUGUCUUCUUACUUGGCUAAAUCUAAACUGCUGACAUUUCACGUUAAUUUAUUUUCAGGGUGAAUUACCAGAUGGAAAGCAAGUAGCUAUCAAAAGUUUCCAGUCAAGGUAUAGAGGAAUUCAAGAAUGAAUUAGUCAUCGUAAUUGCCAAGCUGCAGCAUAGAAAUCUUGCGAGACUAUUGGGUUGUUGCAUUGAAGAAAACGAAAAGCUACUGGUGUAUGAAUACAUGCCCAAUGGCAGUCUUGCCCUUCACCUCCUUGGCACGGAAAUGAGUGCAGAAUUAGAUUGGAAACUGCGGGUUAGCAUUAUCAUCAAUGGAAUAGCUAGAGGCCUUGUCUAUCAACACGAGGACAGUCGACUAAGAAUAAUUCACAGAGACAUGAUCAGAGCCAGCAAUAUUUUGUUGGAUCAUCAGAUGAAUCCAAGAGUUUCUGAUUUCGGAAUGGCAAGAAUUUUUGGAGGAGAUCAGAAGCAAGCCAAUACAAAUGGAGUCGCUGGUACACAUGGAUACAUGGCGCCAGAAUAUGCAAUGCAAGGUAUCUUCUUGGUAAAAUCUUAUGUUUUUGGUUUUGGAGUUCUUUUGUUAGAGAUUAUUGCUGGAAAAGGGAGGAAUGGUGGGUUCUAUCUUUCCGAUGAUGGUCGUCAGAGCCUACUCAUGCACGCAUGGAAUUUAUGGCAUGAAGGCAAAGCAAUGGAGAUUAUGGAUUAAAUCUUGGAAAAAACAUGUGUGGUUAGUGAAUUUCUAAAUUGUAUACACAUUGCUUUAUUAUGUGUUCAAGAGGAUCCAAUUAACAGACCAACCAUGUCCACUAUAGUUGUCAGUCAUGCUAGCAAGUGAUACCAUGACACUCCCAAUCCAAAACAGCCUGCAUUUUCCGUUGGAAGAAAGAAUCAAACACUAGUUUCAGCUGGUUCCUAUGGUUCUGUCAAUGAUAUGACAAUUUCUAGUUUCUCACCUCGGUAAUAUUGGAUGCUCCUCUUGCUCCAUUGAGUUUUGAUCAUGAAGAACAAUGUGAGGCUUUUGUUGUGUUGAUAACAUGCCAAUGAUGUAUAUGUUUAGGUGCAAUGAUGCAAUGGUCAGCAAA